GUGAACGAGAUUUACCACGACGAGUCGCUGGGAGUCCACAUCAACGUGGUCCUGGUGAGGAUGAUCAUGCUGGGCUACGCCAAGUCCAUCAGCCUGAUUGAAAGAGGCAACCCAUCGCGGAGCCUGGAGAACGUGUGCCGCUGGGCAUUUGUGCAGCAGAAAGGCGACCCCGAUCACGCCGAACAUCACGACCACGCAAUUUUCCUCACUCGCCAAGGCUUCGGCCCCACGGGGAUGCAGGGUUACGCUCCAGUCACAGGAAUGUGUCACCCUGUCCGGAGCUGCACCCUCAACCACGAAGACGGCUUCUCCUCGGCCUUCGUCGUGGCUCACGAGACGGGACAUGUGUUGGGCAUGGAGCACGACGGCCAAGGAAACCGCUGCGGGGAUGAAACAACGAUGGGAAGCGUGAUGGCUCCUCUGGUGCAGGCGGCCUUCCAUCGAUACCACUGGUCCAUGUGCAGCGGGCAGGAGCUGAAGCGAUACAUCCACACAUACGACUGUCUCCUGGACGACCCCUUCAAACACGACUGGCCACAACUUCCUGAACUUCCCGGCAUCAACUACUCGAUGGACGAGCAGUGUCGAUUUGACUUUGGAGUGGGCUAUAAGAUCUGCACUUCGGUGA